AUGGAUGUGAAGAAUGCCUUUCUUCAAGGAGAAUUGGAGGAUGAAGUCUACAUGAGACCACCUCAUGGUCUUGAGAACAUGGUGAAGCCAGGAAAUGUUCUCAAAUUAAAGAAGGCAAUUUAUAGCUUGAAGCAAUCUCCAAGGGCUUGGUACCAUAAGUUGAACACCACCCUCAAUGGAAGAGGCUUUGUAAAGUCAGAAGCUGAUCACACCCUCUUCACAUUAACUAGUAAGCAAGAUAUCCUAGGAUGUACAAGUAUCUCGACCAUUAUGAAGGAAAUGAGAAAUUGGAAAUACGUUAAUAUUUCAACCCCAGUGUUGUUCAUAUCCAAUCCCGAAUAUGCUUGCUACUUACAUUUCCAUAUGAAGGUUGGUGGAUCAAUGGGUGAUCGUGACAUUCUUCUCGCAUAUGAUUAUGAUCCUGACUUUAAACCUCCAAAUUUGACCUGGAAAGACUUACUUGAAGAUGCAAAGAUUGAUUGUGCUGGGAAGAGCAUUGAGGACACAGGUGAACCUGGCGGUGGUAUUUUUUGCGCAGUAUGCAUCACUUAUUGUGAAGGCGGUACCCGUGUUGAAGAUGGUGAUUUAACCACACAUCUCAGGAGUGAAACACAUGAAAUUGAAGUAAGCAUUAUCCUUCUUACUUCCUCUUAUUUGGUUUUUUGUAUCACAAACCAAUCUUUACUUGUCAACAGAUGUUUGGAAAGUUUGCUAAGACUCUAUUUGACGGCGAGUUGA